AUGGGCUUCGUAGGCCUCUACGGUAACGAGCCAUAUAUUGAAAAGCCAGCCCAUUUGACAAUCCUGACGCGGCGCACGACGACUGAGUCCGCGUCAGAAACGGGGGCCAGCUGCUCCGGGGGCGCCGUCGCUGCCAAGAAUCUCGCACGUGGGACCUUUCCUCCUUUUCUCCAAAGCGCCAAGUAUUCCAAACUGGAUGAAUCUUCUUCUUCUUCUACGUUUUCCCUUUUAUAUGACAAGAAUAUCAUUUUAAAUCAUUAUCUAUCUCGGAUCCCGAUUCCUUCUUUUCGUCUUCUUCCACGCUCUCUCCAAUCAAUGUCAGACGACGACGUAAUGGAGAAAUACAGCGGUUUAUCAGAUUUUCUCAAGGAAUUCUACAUCCCUACAUACGUCCUCUCGCCCGAAUCGGAGGCUCCGGCAAUGCCCACCGAUCCACCUGAGAGCCCCGUGCUUGUCUUCAUCAACUCCAAAAGUGGUGGUCAGUUGGGUGGGGAGCUCCUCCUCACCUACCGCUCGCUUCUCAAUGACAAACAGGUGUUUGAUCUUGGGCAAGAGACUCCGGAUAAGGUGCUCCGCAGAAUCUAUCUUAAUCUCGAGAGGCUAAAGGAUGAUGAUCUCGCUCGUCACAUUCGGAACAAGUUAAAAAUAAUUGUUGCAGGAGGUGAUGGAACUGCUGGCUGGCUCCUUGGAGUUGUGUGUGACCUUAAAUUAUCACAUCCUCCUCCAGUCGCCACUGUACCUUUGGGUACAGGAAAUAACCUUCCCUUUGCUUUUGGAUGGGGAAAGAAAAAUCCCGGAACAGAUACCACUUCAGUGGAAUCCUUUUUGGAUAAAGUGUUGAAGGCGAAAGAGAUGAAGAUUGACAAUUGGCACAUACUCAUGAGGAUGAAGACUCCUAAAGAAGGCACUUGUGAUCCUCUUGCACCUCUUGAGUUACCACAUUCUCUACAUGCAUUUCACCGUGUUUCUCCAACAGAUGAACUAAAUAUGGAAGGUUACCACACGUUUCGCGGGGGAUUCUGGAAUUACUUUAGCCUGGGAAUGGAUGCUCAAAUUUCUUAUGCGUUUCAUUCUGAGAGGAAGCUGCACCCUGAAAAAUUUAAGAAUCAGCUGGUUAAUCAGAGUACAUAUGUAAAGCUUGGUUGCACGCAAGGAUGGUUUUGUGCCUCUCUUUUCCAUCCUGCUUCACGGAACAUAGCUCAGCUUGCAAAGGUUAAGAUUGCAAAUAAAAAUGGCCAGUGGCAUGACCUCCACAUACCCCAUAGCAUCAGGUCCAUUGUAUGUCUCAACCUGCCCAGCUUUUCUGGAGGACUAAAUCCUUGGGGUACACCAAAUCCCAGGAAACAACGCGACAGAGAUUUGACUCCACCAUUCGUUGAUGAUGGCCUCAUUGAGGUUGUUGGGUUUAGAAAUGCUUGGCACGGUCUUGUCCUACUCGCUCCAAAUGGACAUGGCACACGUCUUGCCCAGGCAAACCGCAUUCGCUUCGAAUUUCGCAAAGGUGCAGCGGACCAUACAUUCAUGAGGAUGGAUGGAGAGCCCUGGAAACAGCCACUGCCAAUGGAUGAUGAAACUGUGAUGGUAGAGAUUUCACAUCUUGGACAAGUGAAUAUGCUUUCAACUCAUGACUGCCGGUCCAGAAGCAUGUACGACCCUUCAACACCCCGCAAUCAGGAUGCAACAGAAGAGUAUGAUGAUAAUGAUAAUGAUAAUGAUAAUGACAAUGAAGACGACUCAGUGGCUGAAGGCGAGGAAUUCAGAAAGUUUGGUGCUGCAGAUACCUUCAAGAUUCCCGACGAGGUUGAUAUUUCUCACCUUAGUUAG